CUGACCGCCCAGGGCCUGCCCAUGAGCCGCGGGGGUCCCGGGCCCGUCCAGGCUGCCCCCCGAGGGGGCGGAUGCUGCGCUCGGCCAGGGCCCCGCUGCGGGAAGCCAUGAGCUGCUUGGAGGUGAUGUUCCCCUUGUACGGCCCCGCGCAGUCCUACCUCGCCGCUGCCUACAGCCCCUACCGCCAGAAACUCUUCUACCCGAAGAUGCAGGACCCUUCGGAGAGCGCCGGCGGCUCCGGCUCGUCUUUCUCGGGGUCCGGGGCAGCCCCGGCCCCGGUCAAGGAGGAGGAGGAGGGCAGCCCGGAGAAGGAGCGGGAGCGGGAACCUCCCGAGGCCGAGUAUUUGGGCGCCCGCUGCGUCCUCUUCACCUACGUGCCAGGGGACGUGGGCGCCGUGGUGGACCAGCACUUCAGCCGCGCCCUCAGCCAGCCCAGUGCCACCGCGGCCACCUCCCCGUCCCCCUCCCCGCAUCCGGCCAGGACCGGCCGACCCGCCGGGCCUUGGAGAGACGGCUCUUUCCCCAUGAACCAGCGGAGCUUCCCGGCCUCCUUCUGGAACAGCACCUACCAGCCGGCCGUGCCCGCCGCGCUGACCGGUGGCCUGGCCGCCCACUCCGAGCUGCCCUUCGCCGCUGACCCCUACGGCCCCGGCCCUCUGCACGGCCACCUGCACCAGGGCGCGCCCGAGGCCUGGGCCCACGCACACCACGCGCAUCAUGCGCACCACGCUCAUCCCCCGCAUCCCCCCUUCGCCCUGGGCGCGCAGAGUCCGGCCUACCCCGCCGGCCGGCCCGCGGCCAUGCACGAGGUCUACGGCCCGCACUUCGACCCGCGCUACAGCCCCUUGCUGCUCCCGGCCCGCCCGCACCGCCUCCCACCCGCAGCCGGACCCGCGGCCGUCGGCGCGCCCUGCGAGCUGGCCAAGGGCGAGCCCGCCUCCGGAGCCUGGGCCUCGCCGGGGGCCGCCCCCUUCCCCGGCCCCGCGGGGGACAUGGGGCAGAGCCUCGGCCUCGGCGUCGACUCAGCUCGACGCCACCCCUUCUGCGGCGGAGCCCUCCGAAGCUGA